AUGGAAGAAGCCUUGAAAAAUGAUACAAUUCGUGGAUAUCUUACCUCAGCUCAAGCUAUGGCUGAUUAUGCAGAGAUAUUGAUUUACAUAAAGGAAAAAUUAUCUGCCCACAAUUCUCCCAUUAUUGUCAUUGGAGGAUCAUAUGGAGGAAGUAAGAAUUCACCAUUCAUUUCCAUGCUCAGGUAUCCGCAUAUUGCUCUUGGUGCUUUGGCCUCAUCCGCACCUAUUCUUUAUUUCGAUGACAUAACUCCACAAAAUGGAUAUUUCUCAAUUGUAACCAAGGGUUUUAAGGAAGUGAGCCAAACUUGUUAUGAAACUAUUCGAGAAUCAUGGUCUAAAAUUGACAAAGUAGGUUCCAAGCCCAGUGGCCUCUCUAUUCUCAGUCAAAAAUUCAAACUUUGCUCGUAA